CUCUCUACCGCAGCCCUGUUUUAUGAGGGAAAAUGUAUCGUCUCGGCCAACAGACUUUCUCCAAGAUCGCUUUCAAUUCCUUUUUAUCUACAGUGCCGCGGGAAUAUUUUCAUCUUACGAGACAUUACAAUAAAGCCUGGUCGUGUAUUGGCUGAUUUUUGAUCAAUUAGAAAAGGUAUCUGCACGAAAAUGCCGAGGAACAAGAAGAAGAGCAGCAGGGGAGGGCAGCAUGGCCAUGUGCAGCCCUUCAGUGAUGAGGAUGCCUCCAUUGAGACCCUCAGUCAUUGCAGCAGUUUCAGUGACGUCACCAGUGGACCAGAUGAUGGUGGCGAGGCCAGUGAGGACGCAGCCCAGGAGGACUUCCAGUACAAGUUGAAAGGGUUCAUAGACAGCACGGUGGAUAAGAGUGCUAAGACCAGACAAGGGGCACUGGAUGGGCUGAAGACGGCUUUGGCCACACGGAUUCUGUACGAGUUUAUCUCGGAAAGAAGGAUGACUAUCACAGACAGCAUCGAGCGCUGCCUGAAGAAAGGCAAAGGCGAUGAGCAGCGAGCGGCGGCUUCUUUAGCCUGCCUGCUGUGUAUCCAGCUGGGCUCGGGCAUCGAGAGCGAGGAGGUGUUCAAGACCCUUAAACCCAUCUUCAAAAACAUCCUGGCAGAUGGAUCGGCAAACAUUCAAGCCAGACAGGCAGUGGCUACCAGUCUGGGCCUCUGUACUUUAGUUGCAGAAGACGACAUAUUGGACGUGCAUGCCACUAUGGAAUGCUUUGAGAACCUGUUCACCCGGUCCUAUGUUAGGGCGGAUGGAACGAGUCCUUUGAUUAAUCCCCAGACGAGCGCGCUCCACACCAACGCGCUGCUGUCCUGGGCGCUGCUGCUCACCAUCUGCACUGCCAACCAGCUCAGAGACAUCCUGUGCAAACACCUGCCUAAACUACCAAGAUUGCUUGAAAGUGAGGACGUCAACAUGAGAAUCGCUGCAGGGGAGACCAUCGCCCUGCUCUUUGAGCUAGCAAGAGACAUGGACGCUGAGUUUGAGUUUGACGACUGGGAAGAGCUGUGUGAUAAACUCAACGCGUUGGCCACAGACUGUAACAAGCACAGAGCCAAGACGGACAAGAGGAAGCAGCGGUCUGUGUUCAGAGACGUGCUCAAGGCUGUUGAGGAGGGUGAUUUCCAGACUGAAACCAUUCGCUUUGGGACCGAGCGUAUGACCAUCGACAGCUGGGUCAGAAAGAGGACCUACGAUGCCUUCAGAGAGUUUGUGGGCUCUGGAAUGAACUACCACCUUCAGGGUAAUGAAUUCAUCAGAGACGUGUUUGAACUGGGACCGCCUAUGUUGGUUGAUUCCGCCACGAUGAAGGCCAUGAAGAUCUCUCGCUUUGAAAGGCAUCUUCACAACUCGGCUGCAUUCAAAGCCCGGACCAAGGCCAGGAGCAAGUUCAGGGACAAGAGGGUGGAUGUCGGAGAAUUUUAACCUUUUUUUUUUUGUUGACACCUAUUUUUCAAACCUCCCCGCUUUUUAGAUAAAAUGUCUGUAUGGUUUUCCCCCUCUCGACUCCUCUGAAAUCCAUUGAUCAAACCCUCAGCGUCUGUCGAGUUGAAAGGCAGCUCUGCGACAGACCAUCAGCUCUGCAGUGGACAAAACAUUCCUCAUAUUGCCAUAUUCAAAUCCACAGGAGUUGAGUGAUAAUCAAACAUUAGUUUUUCAGUUAAACUUCAAAGUAUCCACAGAUGAUCAGUGGUAUUGUACAUAACGUGUAUAUUUUUUUCCCUCUUAAUUAAUAUCUAUUAUGUGGCCUUUUUUUUUUCUUUUCUUUGAACAUAUGUGUUAAGUUAUAUAAUUAUGGUAGCAUUUUUAAAUGCACCAUGUAGACCUGUUUAGUUAAUAACGAUGUCUAAACACAUUACCCUAACCCUCAUGGAUUUGUAUUACGUUGCACUUCCUUGGUAUUUCUGUGAACGUAUAGCCGUGAAUAUUUCGUUGUCUUUUAGUGUCGAGUAUGUACUCUAAAGGGCAAGGACGGUGAAAUAAAUAUUUGAAAAAGCUGUAAGAUCUAAUGCUAUCUCUUUGUUGUCAAUUCAAGCUAAGGUGCUCAACUGACACAAUGAUGGGUUGUUUCAGUCAGGUGACCAUUGUUGGAAAUAAACAGAAAUUCUUUCAAUA